AGCAAAACUCCCUCCGCCUCGCGCUCUCGCGUCGCCGGAUAUAUAAAGCGGGGGCAAGCGCGCGCGGCGUUUGCACAUACUCUCAUCCAGCCCAUCGUCGUCAUCUAUCCGGCUCUCGAUCCCCAUCCACCACCGCACAGCCGUGUGCGCGUCGAUCGAUCCGUAGCUAGCUGGCCCCGGGAGGUCAUGGACCACCGCGCUGCGAUCUUGGAGGCCGGCGGCCAGGAAGGGGUGGAGAGGCGGAAGCAGCAGCAGCUCGUGCGCGAGCGCGGCCGGCGCAUCAAGGCGGCCGCGGAGCUGGGGCUGGCGCGCUCGUCGCAAGGCAGCCAGUGGGGCCGCGCUCUGGGCCGCCGAGUGGACCCGAAGGACGACCCCUUCCCCUUCGAGGUGACCGUGACCUCGUCGUCGACGACGGGCAACCACCUGCAGGUGCAGAAGAAGGCGGCCUCGCCGGAGGAAGACGAGGAGGAGAAGGAGGAGGAGGUGGCGGUGGAGGAGAAGGUGGCGCUGCUGCGGCGGCUGGUGCCGGGCGGCGAGGGCAUGGCGGUGGAGGGCCUGCUGGAGGAGACGGCCGACUACAUCGCCGCGCUCAAGGCGCAGGUCGGCGUCAUGCGCGCGCUCGCCUGCCUGCUCUCCGGCUCCGGCCUCGACGCGCUGCCGGGGAAGGGUGAUGGCCUCCUCACGCCGGAGAAGCCUCAGUGAGAAGGAACAGCAGCAAGCGGGUCCUUCCUGGCCUCUUCUUCCGGCUAGUGAUCCGAGCUUCGUCAGGUUCGUCUCCGCAUCUGGGCAUGUCGUUGGGAGCAGCCAGUGCGGAUGCUUCAAUUCGGAGCGCACAUUUCGUCGUGUUCCUACCUGAAAAUGUCACGGCAUUUUUGUUUGAGAGCAUUGAGAGAAAGGAGCAGUGGAUGUGGAUCGAGCACGCUGGUCCUUGCGAACUAGGCAUCAGUUGAUCGGAGCAUGUGGCUCGUGUACUAGUAUGAAUUGCAGGAGUACCUUUUCUCCAUGCUCGUUGUUUUCGAGGUACUUGCCCCAUGUGGAGGAUCCUAGACUAGGAUUGGCACCGGGGAUCCGUCUCUUUUUAAUUCAGAUAGCUUUUCUUUUUUUGAAACGAUUUUUUUAAAUUCAGAUAGCUCAUCUGUGACUGAGAGAGUAGUACCACCAGUGACCCGUGCAGUGCAUGUAGCAGCUCUAGCAAGGUGUAGCUGAUAAAAAGCAAGACGGUUUGCAAGUGUCGAGUGUGCAACAAGAGCAUCGUCGGGGGAUGAGCAAACCGACGGCAACGCUUAUUCACAGAAUACACUGCAGGAAAUCCUCUAGUAGCCCAGCAUGCCAACAGGCCCAACAUGCACCGACAAGAGCCCAGCCCGUGCUUAGCCCACGCUUGAGUCCUUUUCCAGUUUUGCCGGACCAGUAAGCAAGGCGCCCUUGCAUGUUGAAACUCUGAUUCAUGUGCUUGUGCACAUAUUCAUAAACAACAGUAAUGGAUAUCUGUAAGCAAUCAGUAUUUAUCUAGCAUUUCGAAAAUUUCUGUACAGAUUAAAGAAUAACAAACUUGGUAGCUCAA